AUAAAGAAUAUGCAGGUAAUAAACUGGUACAGAGAGGAAUUAAGCACUUCAGGUUAAAGAAAUUGAUUCUGGUUCAUUUGCGACAAACCAGAGAGAUGAACAAAGAGUUUCAAACGUUUCAGAGGUUUGCUCGUGCACCUGUAGGCGCAUCAGGGUUACAGGAGCCGGUCCAGCAGCGUUGGCAGACAAAAGGCUCCGGGUUUGAGAAAAGAGACUCUAAAAUAUGAAUGAGGAAAUCCACACCUGUUUCCAGGUAACCGAGGCAGGUAUUCUGGACUGUGACGACUGUGUGUGUGAGCCGUUUUCUUUGGGCAGAUGCACAAGCUGCCCAACUUCCUGACACCCCUGGAGAUCAGCUGUUUUUAAUCUCACUUCUUGGACAACCAAAAAAAAAAAAAAAGAAAUUGUUUUUUUUUUUAUCACAAGAAGCAGCAUGAAAAGACUUGACCUUCAGUUCUGAAAAAGUUCUUUAGACUCUGCUGCUGGAGGACUUCUGAAUGGAAACAGGGCAGCUGAGGCCCAACUGAAACGUGCAGGAGCUGGAAGUGCAGACUUGGUGGAGGGUGGACACGGAGACGACUGAGGUUGUUGUAGGUGAGACUUUUCUCCACGAGGCCGAGCAUCUGUCUGUGCAAAAAUGAAUCCAGUGUGGAAGAUUUAUAAAAGCAAAGUGAUGAAGACUCUGAAUCCUGAAUAUGAGGAGGAGAUGGCAGAAGAGGUAUCAGAGGUGGAGAAUGACGUCAGUCCGAUACAAGAAGAUGAGGGGCCCAAUGCUGUCUCUCAGUUGGCCAAAAAAAUGCAGGGGGCUGGGACUAAAAGCUGGAACAGACUAUCAUCUCUGUUCAACAAAGAGGAUGAGCACCAGCUUCUGGAGGAGACUGAGAGCCCGCCAGUCGCUGACCAUCCCCUUGCAGUGAAACCAGAGGAGCCUCCUCGCCCCAACAGACGCUCUGGGUUCUGGGAUAGCUUUGCAGCAAACUGGGCUGCCAAGAAGCAGGCUGAAGCUGCUGCUGCUGCAGCUGCAAAUGAGGAGGCUGCAGGGGGGCAGGCCGAGGGAGGGGCGACAGAGGUCAGUGCAGAGGAGCGCCAGGACGAGCAGGACGGGCAGGUUGCUGACGGCGAGGCGACUCAGGGAGGAGAGAGGAGCGGCAACAGCUUCUCUAAAUACGUUACACUGGGAGGAGGGAACGAGGAGGCGUCUUUUAAGUGGAACUUUGUGACAAGCAAGCUUGCUGAGCUCAAAACCAAAAGCAUGACCAAGACCAACUAGAUACCUCUGGAUAAAAUGAAAGUACACAACUCAUACAAAGUAAAGUAUGGAGAAAGCUCAAAUGACUUGACUUCAUGAAGGUCUCCUAGAUAGAAAACCCUUUAUUGAUUUAAUUUUACUCCUCAGUAAACUUACAAUAAACCAUCUCAUCCCAAUAAAAAGACAUGUCAUGUAUUAAUUUACAAAAAACAACAGAAGAAUGUACUAAAAGAUGCAUUCUAAUCUCAGGCCUUGGAUUUAAAGAGCAAAUUAUUCUAAUCUGGUUUUUCUGACAUGUUAAAAUGCAGUCUUGUACUGUAGGCUGUGUGGUUUCAUCUGCUUCCACACAUGAAAACAGCUGUCAACAAAUGAAAGAUAAUCUGGGAUUUCAUAGAUUAGAGGCAGGAGGAUUUAGAUGAGGAUUAACUCAGUGAACCUGUCUGAAAACAGAAUGAUCGGUGUGGUGAAGCCAUCAGAUCUAAAACAACUGAAACAUCACAAAUGUUGGACAUACUAAUGGGUGUUUGAUGGAGGUCAAAUCAGGGGACUUUCUGACUGUGACUGAAAUGUGCAAUGUGUGAAUCUGUAAUAAUAUUCAUUCUGUGUCAUGAAAAGAGUCUGCUUACAGAGUUAUCACUUCCUGUCCCUUGUUAGUUUUGAUCUGAAUGUUUUGUUCUUGAAUUAUACAAUAAACUCUACAGCACUAAA